AGAGAAAACCACAAAAACGGAACGAAAACGAGCUGUGCUCAUCGACUCUCUUGGAUUUGAUGGAAGGAGAACAGUCCGGUGGUGGUGGUGGCAGCGGAGGUCCAGCUCCGUUCCUGCUAAAGACAUAUGACAUGGUCGAUGACUCGUCGACCGAUGAAAUCGUGUCUUGGAGCGCUAACAAAAACAGCUUCGUCGUGUGGAACCCUCUCGAGUUCGCUACUCGUCUUCUUCCCACCUAUUUCAAGCACAACAACUUCUCUAGCUUCAUCAGGCAACUCAACACCUAUGGAUUCCGGAAGAUUGACCCAGAGAAAUGGGAGUUUGCUAAUGAAGAUUUUGUGAAGGAUCAGAAGCAUCUUCUUAAGAGCAUUUACCGCAGGAAACCUAUUCAUAGCCAUAGUCAUCCUCAAGGCUCUGGAGGGGAUGCAGAAAGAGCGGUAAUGGAGGAAGAAAUUGAGAAGCUUUCACAAGAGAAGACUAUUCUUCGGGGUAAUCUUUGCAGAUUUAGACAGCAGCAAUCUGGGACAAUGGUUCAGUUGGAAGAUGUGGAGAGAAGGGUACAGGAUAUGGAGCAGAGACAGCUCAAGAUGAUGACCUUCUUAGAAAAGGCAGUGCAAAAUCCAACUUUCGUGGAACAUCUUGUUCGAAUGGCUGGAUCGUCUAUGGACUUCUCCGCAAUAAAUAAGAAAAGAAGAUUACCUAAUGUUGAUUGCUGUGAAGUAGUUCCAGAUAAUGCCCUUUUUGACAACCAUAACAGUAGUUCCAAACCUGAGAUUGGGCAUAUUUUCCACCAAGAUUUCUCUAAUAAGUUGAAGCUUGAACUGUUACCAGCUGUCUCAGAUAGUAGUAACUUGGUUUAUCCAAGUGUACAGAGCUCCAAUGAAGAUGAGAGGAGUCCACAGAGGAGAACAUCAGAAGGAGAACUAAGAGAUAUUCAUGUCAGAAUGGAAGGUCUUUCAUUUACUCCUGAAACAUUAGACCUUGCAGACACUGGGGCAUCUUUUGCACUGAAAAAGGAUGCAACUUUAUCAAGACAAGUGAGAGAAAAUGAUAACUCAAGGUUGCUUUGCUUGCAGCAUAGUUUGUCUUCUGCUGAAGAAGGUGAUGGUCCCAUCUCCAGCCAUUUGAAUCUAACACUUGCUUCUUGUGCAUUGCAAUUGGACAGUCAUCAUUAUUCAUCUAGAAUUUCCCAGUUAGGCCCUGAAAUCGGUACUUCCACCGAGUUGAGUUUUAGCACCAAUGGUAAAGACGCUGAUCUUAGAGUUGCUACAAAGAGCAGAAAUAUUAGUAAUGAUGAUACACCCAAGCCAUCUUCUUUUGAGGCCCCAUCUAAUAAUCAAGGGCCUUCAGCAACUGGAGGCCGGGUGAAUGAUGUAUUCUGGGAACAGUUCCUGACUUGAAAGGCCAGACUAUCAGAUACUGAGGAAGCAAGUUCGAGUUUUAGAGCAAACCCAAAUGAUGAUAAAGAAGAGAGAAUGUCUGGACAUGGCAAAUCAUGGCGAAAUAGAAAAGAUAAGGUGCAGCUCACUCUCUGAAUGCUCUUUUGUGUCGAAGUCCACUGACUGGCUUCAUGGAACUGCUUGUGGGAUCAUGCCAACAUGUAAGAUUUCACAUCUAACCUGCUAUCUAAUACUGGAAAUUAUGUUAUCGUUCAUCAUGUACAGUUUGACAUGCUUCCAUUUGUCAUUAUGUGAGUUGUUGUAGGGGAAAAAUUUUCAAAUUCCUGAACUAAAGCAGCAUCAGCACAUAUAAUAAACAAAUGACGAUUCAUUUGUGUUUCAGCUACUGUUUACAGAUAAUUAUGUUGUUGU